AUGGAAGAUUAGAUUGAUAACGAAUUCUUGGAUGAAAAUUAACAAAACCAAGAUCUAAUAGAUUGCGAGCUAUGCAAUAGGAAGUUUCAUCCUGAAAGAAUUGAAAGACAUCUUAUUGCUUGUCAAAAAGCACAACUGAAAUAAUAAGAAAGGGACAAAAUAAUAUAAAAAAAGAAAAAACAGAUUGAACAAAAAAAAUAACAACUUCAAUAAAUGGAUGUUGAAAUAGUUAAAACUAAUUGGAGGGAAGAACAUCAAAAAUUUUAGGAAUAAAUCUAAUAUAACCGAAAAUUAAAAUAAUUAGAAAAUGAAGGAUAAGAUGUAAAUUAGUUAACACCACCAGAAACAAAAGUAAAUUCCAAUUAUGUUUUCUGCGAAUAUUGCGAAAGACAUUUUGAUAAACAUGUUGCUGAAAGACACAUCCCAAAGUGCAAAGAAACCAAAGCCAAGCCUAAACCUCCAAGGAAGAAGACCGUUGAUGUGAUAUAACCUUCCUAACCUCAACUUUAAGAAAAAAGAUAAGCCUAAGUUAGUACCCCUUCUACUUCAAGUCAAAUGGAAAGAAAGCCCAUCAUCAAAAAAUAACUAUCAGACUCAUCGCAACAAUUCAGACCUACUAGUUUAUAAAAAUUUAUAGCAGAAUAGUCUGGCAAAGCAAAUUUAACAAAUAUAGGUAUUACUUCAAGUUCUAAACAGGUUUUAUUGACUGCAAAUCAAGGGCUACUGCUAUCUAAGAUACAGAGUGUCCUCAUUGCAAUAGAAGAUUCAUAUCUAGAGCUGCUGAAAGACACAUUCCUAUUUGUGAGAAAUUAACAAGAAAACACUCUUUUUAAAUCAAAUAUCAUAAUAGAAAGAGUGUUCCCAUAAAAUAAAAUAAUUUAAUGA